AAGCUGGUUCAUCCCUCUGCCUGCCACCCUACCCUCACCCCUCCACACACUGAUCUCUUAUUCCACUGCCUGCAUGAAUUUUUAGCUCCUUCAAGCAAGGAACAUGCGUGAGCUCUGUUCGUCCUGCCCUCGCUGAACCUCCCUCUGCCCUUGUCACACCUCCGGCAGCGCUGAUGUGCAGGCAGAGCAGGCCAGCAGGGAAGAAAUCAACUGGCCCUGGCAGCACGAUUGUGCACCCCUGUCCUCAGUGCUGGCUCCAGGGCCUCUCGCAUUCCCUCCCCUUGCCUGGAGAACUGCGGCUGUGCUCCCCUGUUCCCUGCCACACUCAGAGGGCCUGAACAGACUCCUCGCACUGGCUGUAGCCCUGGGUUUGGCCCUCAGGCUACGAACCGCUCCUGCGCUGCCUCAUGAGAGCAGGGGCUUCCCUGCCUACCCUGGCCGGCACUGAGCUGCUUCCUGGCACCAGACGGAGCCAAGCCCCUGCACCGAUGUGAGGGCCUGCCCCAGCUGGCUCCUCUGCCUGGCUCCAUGUGUAAAACAGCAGCUUGGGAGGGUUUUAUAAACACUAAGGCCAGGCAUGGAUUUACGCUGCUCUGUGUGUCCUAGGGGGGAGCAGCCAGAGGUGGCUGUACUGGUAGGCUGAAGGGGUGAGACUGAGCCAGAUGCUCUUACCCCACUGCACAGCCUGCAGCCACCAGGCUGAACUGUGGGCUACUGCUGCUGCCAAUUGCAGCCCUGGUUGGGGUGGGAGAGGGGGCAGACUGGGCCUCUGGGUGAGCCUGGGCUGGCUGCAGGGCUACCCCCAGCACGUCUGCCUUCUGCCCCUGGCUGCACUGGCACUCAGGAUGUGAGGCUGCCCUGCAAGAGGGGGCAGUGAAGAGGGAUGGGAGGGUGAAAGCGUCUCCUGGACACUGGGUGCAAGAGAAUGUGGGAGGAAGAUGGUGCUUAUGACCUGCAGUUCCCUGCAGAGAGGGAGGUGGUGGCUAAUCUGGGGCAGCCCUGCUGGGCACCAUGUUCCCAAGCUGCAUCUGGGCCCUGUCCCACAAAGGUGAAGUGUCUGAUGUGAAGAGAAGAUCUGCUGGCAAUGCAAGCAGAGCCAAUGCAGGGAAAGCUAAUGAAGUGCCCAGGGUGUUUACUGGGAUGCUGAAGACAUGGGGACAGUUGAGAGAUGGCAGUGAAUGUGUGCUGGGAGCGCGUGGCCAAGGGCCCAGGCCAUCUCUCCUGCUCUGAAGACCAGCAUGCAGCUGGGGUCAAAUCCUGCUGGGCUCAUCUAGCAGUAUGAAAUUGCAAGGGCAGACCGGCCCCUCAGCUGGUGCGUGGUGGUUGACAUGGGUGCAACAGAGCAGCCUGAAGCAGGAUGAGGGCUGUGAAAACCCCAGGGCAAGAGCUUGACUUUGGAUGCUACAGGAGAUGGUUCUUCAUGUGCUGGCAGCAUGUCGCUGUAGGCUGUGGCCAGUGCUGUGUGUCAAUACAGGCUGGAGGCCUGAAGGGAGUUGGAGGGCACUGCUGGAACAGCUUCCCAUGGGGGAGCAUCCCAGGCUGGGCUCCCCCUUUGCAGCCCUUGGGCACCCACAGGUUACCCAUGAGAGCAGCGGGCAGAUGUUUUCCAUGCAUCGGCAGGCAGCUUCUGCUCCUUCUGCUCAGCCAGCUGCAGAUGCUGGCCCCAAGCCAUGCCAUGAGCUGCUGGAGCUUUUUGCCUCCCCUUCCCCAAGACCAAAGGUGCUAAGUUUACUCUCUCUGUUGGAGGCUGGGGUGAUGUGUGCCAGGAAACAUCCCCCUGUCACCCAGGCUCACUGUGCUGGGCAUUGCAGUGCUGAGCGCAGGCACUCCCGGCUCUGUGCAUGCACAGCUGUCACCAGCCCUCUGGGGAGAAGAGGAGGCAUGAGGGCUUGUUGGAGAGAGGGUCACAGCCUACGGGCUUGGGGGCACCAGGGCCCUGCGUAUGCCAUGGGUUUCUGACCCCUUCUGGACCUCGUCCUGGGCUGGGGGCCCGGAGCUGGACAGACGCAUGCUCCACAGCAGGGUCCCUGCUGCCCUCGUCAUCACCCCCUCCUGAGCUGCCAGGUUUGCUUUAAAGACCCCAGCUUCCUUUUAUUGCUUCCCCUCUCAGAUUGCAGCUGGCUGUGAGGGUUAUUUUUAGCAGCCUGUCUUCUAAAAAUAGCCCUGAGCUGUUUGGAGUUGCGUCACAAGAGGUGACCGUCCUCCGUGUGGCCAGGCUUGGCCCCUGCGCCCCAGCAGGGUACAAAAGGAAGCCGGCAGCGGCGGGGUCAGCGGGUUCAGAGGCAGCCAGAGGCGAAGGAGGCGAGAGGCGCUCUGCCAGCUUCGGACAGCCCCGCAUCGGCACCAUGACCAUCUUCUGCAGCCACUGCCACAGGCCACUGCAGGCAGAGACGAGCUGCCUGCCCAGGAGGGCCAGGCAGGCGCCAAGUGUCUCAAAGCCGUUCAGGUCGACCAAGAGUGCCUCCAAGGCUCGUAGGGACCAGAUCAACGUGGAGCUGCAGACACUGCGCUCCCUGCUGCCCAUCUCCUCCCAGGAGAAGGAGCGGCUCUCCUACCUCAACACCAUGGCCCUGGUAUGCCUCCAGCUCCGCGGGGCUCAUCUCUUCCCUCCAGACUCAGCUACUCUUACUACUCCUAUGGGACCGGCCUUUGGCAUGGAGUUGCUCUCCCUGCUGCCAGGGUUCUUCCUCAUGCUCUUGGCUAAUGGCAAGCUGGCCUACAUCUCUGAGAACGUGGCUCAGGUCCUGGGCCUCUCCAUGGUGGAACUCCUUUCCCAGGGGGACACAGUCUUUGACAUCCUGGAUGGGACAGCACGGGAGGCCGUGCAAGAGAAGCUCUUCCUUGCCCAGGAGCAGCCAGGAACUGAAGUCACGUUUGUCAGCGAGAUGCGCACAUCCAAAGCCUUCCGGCUGCAGCAUGGAGGGAAUCGAGCUGUGGCUGUGAGAGGGCGCUUCGUGGCCCUGCACAGGGCCGCCUCUCCCCCUGCUUCAGCGUUCAUGGCUUUCUGCACACCAGUUGUGCAGCUGCCUGCAGACGGGGAUGCCAGUUCGCAGGAUGACCUCUUCCAGAGCGUGCAUGCCCUGGACAUGAUGUUUACUGACAUCACAGAGAGUGUCGUCUACCACCUUGGCUACCGUCGGGAGGAGCUGAUUGGCCGGUCAUGGUACAGCCUCCUGCACCCUGAGGACACCCACCUAGCAGCUGCCCAGCACAGGGCUGUGGCACUGGGGGCUGGGGCAGCGGUGGGAGCCGUGGUGCUGCGGGUGCUCCGCUCCGACCAGACCUGGGCCUGGCUCCACACAGCAGUGCGGCGGGACUGUGGAAGCUGCUCCAUCACCUGCACCAGCCGCAGCCUCAGGGAGGAGGAGGCCGACCACUUGCGCAGCUGCCAGCGCGGCCAGCCACUGCAGCCGGCCCAGCCUGCUGCCGCCUCGCCGCCGCCCCGUGCCCUCGGCCUGCUGGCCGCGCAGCUCCGCGCCCUGGCCGACAGCCUUGCGCCGCCGCCGCCGUCCGCCGCUCCGGCCUGGGCCUGGGCCUGGCCCGGGCCCGGGCCCGGGGCCGCUGCCGAGGUCUCCCCGUCGGGCGACCCGGGCCCGGACUACGACGAUGCCCUGGCCCGUCUCCUAGGCGACGCGCUCGGCGACGCGGGGCUGCCGGCCGCGCAUGCGCACGCCGCGCUGUACCCGCUGCAAUAAACGCCGCCGCGCUCCGUGUUGUCUCUGCC